UGGAACACGGAAGAAGGGAGAAAAAAGCACCGUCAAAGUGUGGGAAGAGAAAGGUUUUUGUCUUGUAGAAAUGGAUACCGCUUCUUCAAUUAUAUUUCCUUGUGUACGCGUCAAUGCCUGUGCAACCGACACGUUACAAAAUGUCGCACUCAAUGGAUCGGGAAAAUGCUAUAAAUACAACAAAAGAAAGCCUCUCCUCAGUCACCAUCGUUCCAGAAGCUCCUCUUCAGUUUCUCCCAUCCCAAGCUUUCACAACAGGGACUUGUCAGAUUUAGUUGAGGUUUUUUCAUCAUUAGUGUGUGAAGAUAAUAAAGAUAUGGAAAUCUCCCAUGACAUCAAUAUCAAGGAUGACAAGCCAGGUGAUUUAAAUGAACAGAAGGUUAAGGUAGAACUGGAACUGAAAAAUAAACCAAAGAAAGCGAAGAAAGAAAAAGGGGAAGAGGAAGAUGAAGAGGGAGAGAAGAAAGGUAAAGAUUUAAAAGCUAAAGGGAAGGAUGGUGAUGAGAAAAAGGAAAAGGAUAAUAAGAAAAAGGAAAAGGGGAAAGAAGAUGACGAAGGGAAGAUCGAAAAGAAGAAGGAAAAGAAAGACAAGGAUGACAAAACUGAUGCGAAGAAGGAAAAGAAAGAGAAAGAAAAGAAGAAGGAAAAGGAUGACAAAAUUGAUGUAGCAAAUGAUAAGGAUGGAAAAGAUGAUGGGGAGGACGGUGAAAAGAAGGACAAGGAGAAGAAGAAAAAGGAAAAGAAGGACAAAGAAAAAGAAGGAAAUGACGAUGAAGAGAAGAAGAAAAAGAAAGAGAAGGAGAAGAAAAAGGAAAAAAAGGACAAGGAUGAAGAAACAGACACAUCAAAGGAAAAGGGAAAAGAUGAUGAAGGUGAGGAUGAAGAAGAAAAUGAAAAAAAGAAGAAAAAAGAUAAGAAGGAGAAAGACAAGGAUCAUAAAAAGGAAGAGAAGGGAAAAUAUGAUGAAGGUAAGGAUGAAGAAGAAAUUGAGAAAAAGAAGAAAAAGGAUAAGAAGGGAAAAGAUGAUGAAGGUGAGGAUGAAGAAGAAAAUGAGAAAAAAAAGAAAAAGGAUAAGAAGGAGAAAGAUAAGGAUCACAAAAUGGAAGAGAAGGGAAAAGAUGAUGAAGGUGAGGAUGAAGAAGAAAUUGAGAAAAAGAAGAAAAAAGAUAAGAAGGAGAAAAACAAGGAUAACAAAAAGGAAAAAAAGGAGAAAGAUGAUGAAAAGGAGGGUGAAAAAGAGGAUGGCAAGGUUGAAGUUUCUGUAAGGGAUAUUACUAUAGAAGAAAUCAGAGAGGAAGGUGAAAAGGAAGACAAAGAAAAAGACGGUGGGAAGGAAGUGAAAGAGAAGAAGAAAAAAGAAGACAAAGACAAGAAAGAGAAGAAGAACAAACUUACUGGAAAGGACAAAACCAAGGAUCUUAGCUCUCUGAAGCAAAAACUUGAAAAAAUUAACGCAAAAAUAGAACCGCUCCUUCAAAAGAAAGCUGAUAUAGAAAGGCAGAUAAAAGAAGCUGAAGCUGAGGCUCAUGUAGUCAGCGACAAGAACAAGGAAGUACAGGAGCUUUGAAUGACACACUUGUACUAUACUGCAUAAUAUAAAUACUUUGAUUUCUCUUUUAUAGUUGUUUUGUGGAAUAAAGUUGUCCUUCCAUUUGAGUGAGAAAUGAUACACUUGUGUACUGCA